CUUCUCCUUUUUUUUACAAUACGCAAUCUCACAGUUUCAGCGCCGCCGGGGAUUGUGGGUAAGGUCAGAGGUUAAGGCCCACGUGACGUCACUGGUUCUGAUUUGGUGCCAUAGUGGUCUUUUGAUUUGAGGAUGUGAAACAGGCUCAAACUAUUAAAGGACACCCUUUGAGAAAAUUAUAAUGUAGUAGGUAAAAGUAAAAUGGUCGAUGGAGGCUGGAAGAAUAGAAAGCUAAACAGUGAAGUGCUUUAAACUUUGACCUUGAACCACAGUGCACUGCACUCUUACCUGUGAGGCAAUUUAUUUGACGAACUCUACACAGUAACUGCAUUUUGUUCGCAAUUAUUUUUAUCUAGUUUCUCUUAGAAUUUGUCAGUAUGGAAUCCUUUGGCACCCCAAUUAUGCUCUUGUGUGCUUAGACUAUUAACUACUAACUAACUAUAUAAGUCACAUGCUUGUAACAGAUAAUACAUGUACAACCCCCAAUGUUGUCCUUACGCACUAGAUACUUUCAAAGUUUUGGCAUCCAUUGAAUGACAAAGCAUUUAUUUCUUUAGGAUUGAUAACUUGCAAGUGCAAGUGAAUAAGACCAGCUUAUUGGUCAUUGAAAAUUGUCUUGUUGUGUAAUAUAUAGAUGUGAAUUGACGACAACGCUAUUGGGCUUAAGGAGUUAGAUAAUAUCCAUACUCAAAGCAACGUGCUGAUUAUAAAUGACUAUAUCAAUAAAUGAUGUCUGUUGAACCCUUGUCUGCGUACUAUAAUGACAGUUCAUCUGUGUUGGUACUUACAUGUUUCUCUCACGCCGUUAACGUUAAGAUAGUGGGUUGUGCAUUGCGUUUGAUAUUGAUUAGAUUAUGACAAUAUUACAUAUUGAAUCGUAUGUAGAAAGAACAGUACCGACACUGCUAAUCCUUGAUGGUGUUUAUGUUAAUGAUUUAGUCGAACCCUGCAUCUGCUUGGAGAUUAUUAUGGCUAUACAAUUUUCCAUUUGACCCUUCUGUACACCCCUAUAACUGCAUAAAUAGAAUCGUCCCAAUUAAGCCUUACUUCAUUGUCUGCCAGUCAGGCUCGACAAGCCCAUUGUGCGUCUGUAUGUACCAGAAAACGUGUCAUGUAGUCUGACAACAUUAUGAGUGCUGUAGUGGAGAAGUCUUGCUUAGAAAACGGACAGAACUUUGGCUUUCAGUUCGAAGGCUCAGGGUCGAAGAACAAAGACAUGGCAAUGCAGAACAUAAAGUGCGUUGUUGUUGGAGAUGGAGCCGUUGGUAAAACAUGUCUGCUGAUCAGCUACACGACAAACUCCUUUCCCGAAGAGUAUAUCCCGACGGUUUUUGACAACUACAGCGCUAACGUGAUGGCGGACGGCAGACCUGUAUGUCUCGGGCUGUGGGACACCGCCGGACAGGAGGACUACGACAGACUUAGGCCGCUGUCUUAUCCUAACACGUGGAAGGCGGAAUUACUGAGGCACGAACCUGAUGUUCCGAUUCUCCUAGUGGGGACCAAGAGUGACCUCCGUGAUGAGGAAGAAGCUCAGAGUGAUUCAAAAGAAACUAUGAUCACACAAGAUGAAGCGUUGGCAACAGCAAAGCGAAUAGACGCUGUCCAGUACGCUGAAUGUUCGUCCCUGACUCAGGCCGGUUUGAAGGAAGUUUUCGACAGUGCCAUUCGUGCGGUUCUCAACAAAAGAGCGGACAGGCGGCGAGCCAAGAAGAGUUCACCACUGUGUAGCGUUCUCUAACCCAUUCACCAAUCAGCGUUCUGUGACUGUGACCAAUAUUUUGAUCGCCAGGACUUACCAGAGCUGCAAUGCCGGCACAGGUCGUAAGAUGACACUGUUUAUAGUCGAUCGAAACAUCUUUGUGCAUUAAUGCUUCAAAGUACUAAAGACCAGUCUACUCCAACUUCCUUAAGGAGAAGAAGAUACUAGAAGUCGGCCCAUACUUACGCAUUCCAUUGUUUCUUGGAUAACCUGAAUGUAAAAGUUCCAGUGUGUGUGUUUCUGCACAUUUGUAGUCAUCAUAACUU